AAAGUACGAGCAAAAGGAGAAAACAUUGAAUGCCCCACAAAAUUAAGAGCACUGCCUUCAUGAAAACUGAACUUUUGCAUGACUCGGAUGCACGUGAGGCUCUUCUGAUGCUAUCCCGUUUGCCCGGAGGCACGAGGGCGCUGUGGGGAACCAUUAUUUUCGGCCUUACCGAUUCUUUGCUUGCUGGGCUAACUAACUUUACAAAGGCAGCAGAGGCCCGGCGGGACCUUGGCCUGCCCUGAAACAACUCGAUGGAUCUCAGUGCUGACUCCGGGACACUCCCCACCCACACCGCUCAUGCCUUUUUGCUUUUGCAGGUAGGAGGACCUGCGAUGGAGCAAGAGCUGUCUCUGUCUAAUGCUCGCUGUCAAACAGAAAGUGGAGGCACCAUCUUACUGCAGUUGCUGGAAUUUAAAACCCAUCUACUUGAGGCUGUUGAGGAGCUGCACAUCCGGAGGGAUGCAGAGACACGCUUUGAGGGUCAGAUCAGUAAGCUGGUGUUGGAGAAACAGGAGCUGGAGUGGGAGAAGGAGUCCCUGCAACAUCAAAUUGAAACGGUGUCAAACCAGCACACACAGUCACUCAUCAAUGUUAAGAAGCAGCUUCAGGCCAAAAUAAGAAACAUUGAGGAGGAGAAGGGGAAGUACCAGGUCAGUGCAGAGUUGAAAGACAAGGAGAUUAACAACCUGAAAGAAGAGCUGAAGUCGCUACAGUUACUGAAGUACAACUUGGAGAAGAGAUCAAGUGAGCUGGAACAGAAAUUAGCCUUGCAGAGCCGGUCAAAGGACAGCCACUUGAACCAGUUGGGGGAGGUUGAGAAACGUUUCUGUGCUCUGUCCCGACAGUGUGCCAUGGUCAAGCAGGCCCACGAGAAACUAGAGCAAAAUGUUGAUGAGGCCAUGAAAAUAAAAAAGAAUCUGACUACUGCGAAUGCAAAACAAGAAGCAACCAUCGUGUCACUAAAGAAGGAGUUGGAGGAGGUCAGUCACAAGCUGAUCAAGGCCAAGAUGUCCUCAGUUAGACACGACGAGGCGCACAGUGCUACAGGCAGAGAGCAGCACUGCCAGCAGCUGCACCAGAAACUGAACAUGGAAACUAAAAUGAACAAAAAACUCAGGGAGGAAAAUGUAGCAGUGAGAGCAGAAAAGCAGGACGUGAUGAGGUCCCUGCAGCACACCCAGCAGCUUCUGUUGAGUCAGACACAGACAGUAAGCCGAGCAGAGCGGGAGCUGCAGUCUCAGAGAGAGCAGUACCAGGCCCUUAAGCAGGAACAGAGGGUGAUGAGAGAGAGAAGCAAGGCGACGGAAGACAAGGUGGCGCAACUGAUGGAGAGCAACGCCGCUUCCAAGCACAGCUGGGACAAAGAGAAGGUGACGUUUCUGGAUUGCAUCAAAAGCGAGCGGCAGGACCUUCGAGCAGUGAAAGAGGCUUACGAGGAGCUUCGUCAGGAAAACAUGGAACUGUCCUCGCAGACCAAAGUGCAUGCUCAGCAUAUAUAUGAAUUGGAGAUGAGAGACGAGGGAAUCAGAGGAGAGGGAACUAAUGAACCCAUCUCCAGCUCUGAGCUGCCUAGCUUUGGCAGUCUGCAGCCCUUGGCUUCCGCUCAGACCAACAGCCCGGACCGUCUGGAGGACACGGGGGUUGUGACUCAGCUGGAUACCACUGGAGCAACUGGAGUAUCAACUGUAGUAAGCCAUGGCCACAUGUGUGUCGAUGGAUCUGUAGACUCACUGAUCAAAGAAAAGAGUGAUGAAGGAAUGAGUGAGAGAGAGCAGCGCUGGAAAGAUGACGAGAAACGAGUAAAACUCAACAGAAGCAAGAGGGAAAGGAAUGGAGACGGAGAAGAUGCAAAGGAAGGAGGAAGUGCUGCAGAGAAGAGCGGAACGCUCGGGGCCCAAACAACAGAUAGAGCAGACAGACGAGAGGGUACGCACGGGUCACCGGAGGAUGCAGGGGGGGGCCCCAAACAGCCUGAAACGGAAACAAAAGAUAGAGCCGAGGGUGAAGGGACGUACGGAGCAGAGGAGAGAGGAAAGACAGCGCUGCAUGCAGCAGAAACCCAGAUAGCGGCCCAGACGACCACUGAUACAACCACCAAGAACAGCGACACACAGCAGGUCUUUGACCUCACGGACACUGAGCCACCGACGGCCGCCUGCGAGCCCUCAGACCGCUCACAAAGUCUCCUUCAGAACGUCAGUGAGGAGGAUGCCGACUCCUGCCGUCUGAACGAAGGAUACGAGACGCCCUCUGUUCUGUGCCGUUCCCAUGAGCCCCAAGGUGUCAACCACGGGCCGAACUGUGUCGUUCAAGAGGUGCAAAGACUCUGUCAUGAUGAGGUCCAAACCUUUGCUGAGUCAGCUACCCCGAGUCCGGUUCAUCACGUUUUGGAGAAAACCACGGAAGAGAAACCGUCCAAGAAAUCAGCAGCCAAUAUGUCUACGGGACUUUCUGGACCUCUGAAUCAGUCAAGAAUCUGUAGCUCACAGAUCAAUAACGCACCAUCAGCUGCUCAGUUGGAUGUUGUUCGUAUCCAAGAGUUGGGGACAACACAAACUCAACCUAGUGAUCCUUCAGACAUCCCCAGCGACAUGAAACAAACAGAUGCAUUACCUCCAAUUCUGGACAUCUCCGAGCCAAGUGGACAGCCGAAGUCUCUGGUAACUGAUGGCGAUGGUGAUUCUAGUGCAUGCAAGGAGAGGGAAGGUCAGUCAAACGUAGAUGCACAAGAACAGGAUGACUGCGAGACUGCCCAGGAACCUACGGACAAACAUCCUUUGAAGGAUGCCUGUGCUGAUACCACGAUGGAUACUGCGGACCUCGAGACCAGCAGCAGUCGGGAGCGAGUGCUGAACGACAAAAUAGACGACGCAGGAGAUGCGAAGACGACUAAGACCGAAGCUGAUUUGAAGCCGUCUGUCCAUCCAGCUCACGAGAGCGAUGCGUCACCAGAGAGUGGCGGCUCAAAAUGCUAUGAACCGUCUCCAGCAAAAGAACCGCUGCAUGAUGGUACAAACGAGGGGCCUCUGCUCAGCAAUAAGACGUACAGGUCGUCAUUUGACUGGGGCAGCGCUCAGAGAAGAGCAGGAAGCUCCAGAGAUGAGUCCGAUGUCUCCGUUCUGCAUCAGUUUGUUCAGGGAUCCCCUUCGUCUGAGCAAAACACAAGUGGUCCUGGUGGACUCCUCAGACAUCCACCCAGCACAAUACCCAUGUUCCUCAAAAGCAAGCACGAAAAAGUCCCCUUGGUGAUUACCAGGGCGUCGGAUCUGCUGAAUGCCUCCAGUGUCUCUGGGACCGCCGCUUCCGCGGCGAGACGCCGGCAGGGAGGGCGAGGCGCUCUGGGAAAGACCUGCGGAGAGACGGCAACGGCAGAUACGGAGAGCAGAGCUUCUCUGUCCAUCCCAUCUUUUCCAGUCAGCAGACUGCCAUUGCAAAGCACCCCAGGGUGUAGCAGAGCUCCUACCUCAGCUGCAGGUCCUAGUUCAGAGUCCGACUGGGGGCCCGUUUGCUCCCAGGAGAGGGAGGACCAACAGUCAUCGUUCAGAGCCCAGAUCUCCAAAAUCGAGCAGUUCCUCAACACAGAGAGGCUCCGUCUGCCCAAAAGACGAAGAACUGACAACUAAACCAACUCACCGUUCUGUUGAGGGAUUCUACUGUAUCUAGUUGCAUCAAUAUUCUGUAGCACUUAUUUGUUGUAGAGAAUAGAACCUUAGCUGGGAAAGUAAUAUAUAAGGGUGUCCAGUUUUUGGCUUAAAUCCUUGCCCGUUCACAUGACUGUUACAAAAACAUUUCUGCAUUUAAUUUGAAUGGAAAACGGGUCCGUUCAUUGGUCGACGUUGCAUCGGCAUUGUGCGCAGGAGAGGAGGGAAUUUAUUUUU